UGUGAGAGUGUGGGACAACCUUCUCAACUUCUCUCACUAAAUUUAUUACUUUCUCACUCCUCUUUCCAUUAUAACCACCAUUCUCACUCCAACUUUCAAUAUUUCAAUUCAAACAAUGGCGAAGAUAAUUGGAGUAUUGGUGCUACUAUGUGUACUUCCAGCCUUAGCAAUGGCCGCUGGUAGGCCAGAGAAGAAGCCUUACUGUGUUCGUGGUCGCGUGUACUGUGACCCUUGCCGUGCUGGUUUUGAGACCGCCGCUUCUACUUAUCUAGAAGAUGUGAAGGUGAAGUUGGAAUGCCGCCACAGACGCACACAGGGUAUCCUCUACUCAGCCGACGCCAAAACCGAUGCAACCGGAUCCUACGAGAUUUUUGUUGCAAACGACCAAAAGGACAACAUUUGCGACACCAUGUUAGUGAGCAGCCCUCACCCAAGGUGCAAAUUGGCUGACCCAGGACGUGACCGUUCCCGUGUUGUCCUCACCAGCAACAACGGUGUGGUUUCCAACGAACGAUAUGCCAACAACUUAGGGUUCACCGUUGAGGAGCCAAUGAGUUUCUGUGCUCAGCUUAUGCAGCAAUAUCAGCUCACUGAAGAUGAAGUAUAGAUUUUAGAUUCAUCUACAUAUAUGUAAUGCUUAUUAUGCACCUCGCUUAGUUAUAUACCUUUGACAGUAUUGAUGAUGAUCGAUGUGUUAUUGGUUGUUGCUAAUAUGAGCCACAUUUGUAUUCGUUAUAAUUUGUGUUAUUAGUUGUAUGAGUAUGAGUUUACAUGACUUCAAUGAUGUUGAACUACAUUGUAUUGAUAAGUAGGAUACCGGUAAUAUUUAUUA